AUGAGUUUUAUAAUUUUAAUUUUAUGUUUAUACUCUGUGGGUAUCUCUGGACGACGUUUACCAGAACAUUACCAGGGAAGGAUUAUUAAUGGAGAUGUGACCACUAUUGAUCAAUAUCCUUCAGCAGCUGUUCCCUUAUUAUAUGACUGUUUUAUCAACGUGUAUAGAGAAUUUUGUGGAGCGUCUAUCAUAAAUAGUCGAACGAUUUUGACAGCAGCACAUUGUAUAGUCCAACAUGUACCUAUCUCUUAUUGGCAAAUGAGAGUGGGAUCCACCUUCAGCAACAGAGGUGGUGUCGUCCAUCCUGCGAGCAAGAUUUUUAUCUAUCCUUACUACAACUCGCGAACUGAAGACAACGAUAUUGGAUUGAUCCAGACCAGUGUUCCCUUUUCUUUUAAUUCUUUAGUAUCUCCAGCCAGGAUCGCUGAAUGGAAUUAUUAUUUGCCUGAUGGUGAACCUGUUACUGCCGUAGGAUGGGGAAUGAACGAUACGUCAUCACACAUUGGAUCAGAUCAGUUGCGUAAAAUACAUUUGAACACUAUUAAUUGGAAACUAUGUGAUACCAUUUUCCAAAAAAUCGGACUCUCAGUCGAUGAGAAUAUGUUGUGUAUCGGAAUACCAGGAGGUGGUGUGGGAGGACAAUGUGGUGGCGAUUCUGGAAGUCCCGUUUAUCACAACGAUGUGAUAGUUGGUGUCUGCUCCUGGGGACACGAAGAGUGUGACAAUCCAAAUUUUCCACAUGUCAACAUGUUGGUGUCAAGAUACGCUUACUGGAUCAAAGAUAAUGCCAAAUAA